AUGGCUUCAGAUCCUACACGACCGCCAGCGAAGUCAGGGAUGGUAUCUUUGUAUGCCAACCUGCUCGAUCCCUCUGUUGAUUCCUCCGGCCCCGGAACCAUCUCUCGCGCGCCUGUUGUGUUUAAGCAGCCUGGUGCUGAAGAUAACCCGCAGGAUGGAUCUUCGUCGAAGAAGCCAUCUCUCAACAAUGCUGCUCUUCGUUUCCAGCCAACAAGGCGGCCACAACUGCAGGCACAGAAAGCAAAGGGUCGACCUUCUCUCAUGAAAUCGCAGCUUCCCCCAGCCAAUAAUGCAGGUGUUGCAAAGACAUCAAACAGCAAUGAGAGCACGCCUGUCCGGCCUCCGACUAUGAGUACUUUAGCCGACUGGGCGGCGGCUGGCGAUGACGACGACGACGUCAAUGGAUUCUAUGCGCGAGAUCCUCGCCAACGUGGUGGAAGGAAGAAGAGGAAGAAGAACAAGGAUGAUCCGAUGAUGGCUCAAAAUUGGGACGACAUUUAUGACCCUUCUCGGCCCAACAGCUACGAUCUCUACAAGGACAGUGACGAAAAGAUUCGUGAAGUACAGGAGUGGAAGGACAGGCUCUAUGCGCAUAAGAUUCAAAGGAGGCAUAGCAGCGAUCUUGAAAGCGAAGACGAAUAUGGCUCGGGCAACCGCUAUACGAAUCAAUUUGCGCCUCCCUCUUCAUAUUCAUUUGCGCCACCUACUUUCGACGAUACGUCCAAUGAGCCACCGCCUCCUCCACCCGCAGAAGUGCCUGAUGAUGCUACCGGUGACGAUGCAUAUACUCGACGCCUGCGUAUGUCGACAAUGCAACAACAGCCUGCACCCCCAGCGUACGAGCCUCCUUCCUUGGAUCAGCAAGUUGCCCCUCCUACCGAAACAGAACCUGCGUCGGGAACAAUAUCACGGGCUCCUGUUCGCUAUGAAGUCCCCGCGCCAGAACCAGCUGAGGAGGCUUUGGACGCUGAUAUGGAUCGGGAAGAGGAGCAAGAAAACGGUGGCCAGGAAGAGGACGAGCCUCGUUCUCUCCGACCUGGCCAGAAGGGUUUUGCCGAGAGACUAAUGGCAAAGCAGGGUUGGACCAAAGGAAGUGGGCUUGGAGCCACGGGAUCCGGAAUUAUAAACCCGUUACAAGUCAAGAUUGAGAAGAGGCGAAAACGGCCGGAUUCGGAGGGUGGAGGAUAUGUAGAUGUCGGAGGCAGAGGCAGGAUCAUUGGAGGCAAGAAAGGACCGGGUGCCAAUGCCGACCGUGAUGAAGGAAAAUUUGGCGCUAUGAGCGAAGUCGUUGUGCUCCGCAACAUGUUGGGUGGAAUCGACCUUGACACGGAGCUAGAGGAUCACGGCGACGGAGGGCUCAUGCAAGAGAUUGGAGAAGAAUGCGGUGAGAAGUAUGGUCGCGUUGAGCGGGUUUUCAUCAACCGAGAAGAGCUUACAGUCUUUUUGAAAUUUACCAGCCAACUUUCCGCUUUACGAGCCGUCAAUGACCUGGAAGGACGCAUCUUCAAUGGAAACACCAUUGCCGCCCGCUUCUUCAACACCGAGAAAUUUGAAAAGGGCAUCUACACUUGA